AUUGGGCAGCUGAAGAACCCCUCCCCUACCUCCCCCUCCUCUCCUCUCCUCCACACAGGAGCACUCCUCUGCCUGCAGCCGAUCCACCAUGUCUCUCUUCAGGGAGUUCCUGCUGACCUUCCUAAUGCCCCAGAGAUGCUACGAGGAGAUUUUCGUCAACUUCCAUUUGAGCGUGUCGUGUUGUCUGCAUGUGCUGAAGAGAGCUGCAGGGUUCUGGAUGCUACUGGACACGCUCCUGGCACCGUUGCCUCAGCUGCUGAAGAUACUGUGGAGAGGAAGUGCAGACGGCCUCAGUCUUCCCUCCGUCCUGCUGCAGCUUUAUUCUCUGUCGUGUCCUGUUGUGUACGCCGUGGCCAACAACUACCCUCCCUUUGCCUGGGCUGAGAGGAUCUUCACGCUGGCCCAGCUCGCUGUGAUUGCCUUCCUCAUCCUGCGUUAUCGUGGUGAUACAAUAAAAGGAGUUCUGUUCCUCUCGGCGUACAGCGGUCUGAUGUUCCUCCUGGGCUCCCAUGCUCCUAUCGCACUCAUCUCAUGGAUGCAGUCCUCCAGUUUGACAUCUUUAAUCGCAAGCAAGGUUCUCCAGGCUGGAACUAACUACUACAAUGGCCACAAAGGCCAACUGUCCACCCUGUCUUUGUUACUGACGUGGGCAGGGUCUCUGAGUGUUUUCUUUCUCUCUCUCCAGGAGAGCGGAUACACACUGGCUACUUUGUCCUACACACUGUCGGCAUGUCUCAGCUGCGUCCUCCUGGCCCAAGUCCUCUGCUACAGGAGCAGCACCGCCGCAAAAAAAAAAGAAGAGUGAGUAGAGGUGGAGGAUGGUGACGAGUCCGCUCACGUGCAGAUCCACUCUGUCGGUUUAAGAACUUUUUUGUUAUUCUGUACCAGAUGUUGGCGCGGAAGUAGCCGUUAACGUAUACAUACUUACACAUUUUAUGUUCUGAUAUACAUUAAAGGUCGUAUAUAUAAUGUGCUCUGCCACUAGAUGUCAUUCUUAGACCAGGGCAAAACAUCGCCCCACACCUCUCCUCUGAGCAGUGUGUUGUCUAAGCAAUCUAAAGGUGUCCAGUGAAAGGUCCCUUAAAUACAUAACCACAGACACAACUUAAUAAGGUUUGAAUCUGUUUACUGAGAGCUAAUAACAAAGAAAUCCAUCGGUUAACCCACAGGUUAGUGCUUCUCCUGUCAGUGUCCGAGGACGUGUGUUUUUAAGAGCGGUCUACCCUCAGUGGGUCUGCAUGGUGGCCAGCAGGUAGUUGGCAUGGCUAGUUUGAGAUUGCCGUGCUGCGCUGUGUGUAGCCCGUACACUGCGUAGCCUAUAAAAACCAGGUGAAGCCACAGUUACAACCCUGUGCUGGGCAGGUGACAGAUGUGUUUACAGUGUUUUUGUGUGCUUUGAUGGGUGUCAUUUUCACAUCCCUGCAGAUCAGAGCUUGAGGGUUCUCCCUUUGUAAAUGUGUGACGGACCAACACUUAAUAUUUUCAUACAAAGAUUUUUUGGUCCCCUAUAUGAAUGUUUGAAUAUUGUGUAUAUGUGAUCAGUUUAAAGUUGCUGUGUGUCUGAGGCCUCACGUUGUCCUGCUUCUUAAUAGCUUAUUGCAAGAAAAUCGUUUGCUGCCAUCUAGUGACUUAAAUCAGAAUGACUUCACUCUCAGGGGAAACUAAAUCCGAUGGAAGCAACGUGUGACUGUUAAAAUAAAACUCAUGUUAAUUUUC